AUGAAACAGGACGAUGAGAAUGAUAAGACUGAAUUUGAAGUGGUCGAGGUUCAACGAAAACCGGCGCAUAGUAGAGUGCGCAGUAAGAUAAAAUGGAAGCAAGGUUUGCAACCAACUAAAAUUGAGACGAAAACAACAACAGCAACAACAUCAGAAGGAACGAGUACCUCAACUACAUCGAGCAAUUCAGCCGUAUCCUACUCCCCUGUGAUGUCAGCUUCUACUCCUCCCCUGUACUCACCGGUCAUAUUGAAACAGGAUGUCAUUUCACAGUCCACCAUGAUAAUGAAACUGGAUAAAACUGAGGAAGAAGGUAAUGAAUUAGUUGCCGAAGAUGAAGAGGAACCGAAAUUAAAAAAAGCAAAGAAAAAGCGGAAAACAGAAAAAGUAAAAGAAAAGAAGCAAAAAGGAUCUAAAACAUUGAGAAAACAAGCCAAGCGAUCAGAAGUAAAGCUUCAUCGAAAAUCAUCAAGAAUGGGAAAAGAACAACGGAAAAUUUUGGAUGAAGCUCCAGAAAGUCAGGAAGAAAAAAAGACUGAUGAAGAAGUGGAAAAAGAAAAGAAUGUCGAAAUCACUGAGGAGUCAAAAGAGAUUGAUCGGACAGAAUGUGAUGAUAACACUUUACUUUACACGACAGAACUUAGAAAAGAAGGAAUGAAAGAACAAGAAGUUGCUGGUUUUAAAAUCUUGCCCUUAACGAAGUCUUCUUCAUGUCCUCUAACAGAAGAGAUCAUAAAAGAUCGUCGGAAGACGAAAAUAAAUGAAGAAGAUAAUUCAGAAAAGCCAAAAGAAGAGCAAAAGUCCAUGGAACAAUCAAUUUUAUUAUCAAAAAUCGAAUCUAAAACUCAAUUAAAGAUGCCAGAAAUCAAAAGGCUAUUAAAAGAACCGAUUACAAUAUCAAAAAUGCGACAACCAUCUGUAAUAUUACCGCCAUCAGAAGAAUCAACUACAACAUCGGAAGUGCAGCAAUCAUCUGUAAUAUCAUCGCCAUCAGAAGAAUCAACUAUAGCAUCGGAAGCGCAGCAACCAUCUGUAAUAUCACUGCUAUCAAAAGAACCAACCAUAACAGUGAAAGUACAACAACCACUUGCAAUAUCACCGCCAUCAAAAGAAUCAAUCAAACAGCAACCAUCUGCAAUAUCACUGCCAUCAAAAGAACCAAUCACAACACCGGAAGUCGAGCAACCAUUUGUAAUAUCAUCGCCAUCAGAAGAACCGACCACAACAGCGAAAAUGCAGCAACUAUCUACAAUAUCGCCGCCAUUAAAAAAAUCAACAAUACCGGAAGUGCAGCAACCAUCUGCAAUAUCACUGCUAUCAGAAGUACCAACCACAACAUCCGAAGUGCAACAACCAUCUACAAUAUCACUGCUAUCAGAAGUACCAACCACAACAUCCGAAGUGCAACAACCAUCUGCAAUAUUACCACCAUCAAAAGAAUCAACCAUAGCAUCGGAAGCGCAGCAACCAUCUGCAAUAUCACUGCUAUCAGAAGUGCCAACCACAACACCGGAAGUCGAGCAACCAUUUGUAAUAUCAUCGUCAUCAGAAGAACCAACCAAAACAGCGAAAAUGCAGCAACUAUCUACAGUAUCGCAGCCAUUAAAAGGAUCAACAAUACCGGAAGUGCAGCAACCAUCUGCAAUAUCACUGCUAUCAGAAGUACCAACCACAACAUCCGAAGUGCAACAACCAUCUGCAAUAUCACCACCAUCAAAAGAACCAACCACAACACUGAAAAUGCAGCAACCGUCUGUAAUAUCACUACCAUCAAAAGAACCAACCACAACACCGGAAGUCGAGCAACCAUUUGUAAUAUCAUCGCCAUUAGAAGAACCAACCAAAACAGCGAAAAUGCAGCAACUAUCUACAAUAUCGCCGCCAUUAAAAGAAUCAACAGUACCGGAAGUGCAGCAACCAUCUGCAAUAUCACUGCUAUCAGAAGUACCAACCACAACAUCCGAAGUGCAACAACCAUCUGCAAUAUCACCACCAUCAAAAGAACCAACCACAACACCGGAAGUCGAGCAACCAUUUGUAAUAUUAUCGCCAUCAGAAGAACCAACCACAGUAGCGAAAAUGCAGCAACUAUCUACAAUAUCGCCGCCAUUAAAAGAAUCAACAAUACUGGAAGUGCAGCAACCAUCUGCAACAUCACUGCUAUCAGAAGUACCAACGACAACAUCCGAAGUGCAACAACCAUCUGCAAUAUCACCACCAUCAAAAGAACCAACCACAACACUGAAAAUGCAGCAACCGUCUGUAAUAUCACUGCUAUCAGAAGUGCCAACCACAACACCGGAAGUCGAGCAACCAUUUGUAAUAUCAUCGUCAUCAGAAGAACCAACCAAAACAGCGAAAAUGCAGCAACUAUCUACAGUAUCGCAGCCAUUAAAAGGAUCAACAAUACCGGAAGUGCAGCAACCAUCUGCAAUAUCACUGCUAUCAGAAGUACCAACCACAACAUCCGAAGUGCAACAACCAUCUGCAAUAUCACCACCAUCAAAAGAACCAACCACAACACUGAAAAUGCAGCAACCGUCUGUAAUAUCACUACCAUCAAAAGAACCAACCACAACACCGGAAGUCGAGCAACCAUUUGUAAUAUCAUCGUCAUCAGAAGAACCAACCAAAACAGCGAAAAUGCAGCAACUAUCUACAGUAUCGCAGCCAUUAAAAGGAUCAACAAUACCGGAAGUGCAGCAACCAUCUGCAAUAUCACUGCUAUCAGAAGUACCAACCACAACAUCCGAAGUGCAACAACCAUCUGCAAUAUCACCACCAUCAAAAGAACCAACCACAACACUGAAAAUGCAGCAACCGUCUGUAAUAUCACUACCAUCAAAAGAACCAACCACAACACCGGAAGUCGAGCAACCAUUUGUAAUAUCAUCGUCAUCAGAAGAACCAACCACAACAGCGAAAAUGCAGCAACUAUCUACAAUAUCGCCGCCAUUAAAAGAAUCAACAAUACCGGAAGUGCAGCAACCAUCUGCAAUAUCACUACUAUCAGAAGAACCUACCACAACACUGAAAAUGCAGCAAACGUCUGUAAUAUCACUGCCAUCAAAAGAAUCAACCAUAGCAUCGGAAGUGCAUCAAUCAUCUAUAAUGCUAUCAAAGGAACCAAUCACAACAUCGGAAGUGCAACAACCAUCUGCAAUAUCACCGCCAUCAAAAGAACCUACUACGACACCAAAAACGCAGCAACCAUCCGUUAUAUCAGAAUCGAAAGAACUCAUCCCAGUGCCAGAAAUAAAAAUCCCGACUCAGUCAUCGAUAUCAUCUAAAUAUCCCGCAAAGCCAGAAAUUGAAUUGUCAAUCUCACCACCAACAGAACUUUCCAAGAAGCCAGGAACCGAAAUUUCGGUUCCAUCAUCUCUGUCAACAACACGAUCUGUCUCUUUAAAGUCAUUUCCUUCAGAAGGCCGUCAAAAAAGUGAAAUGGUCGCUGCUGCAAAGGAUAAAAUUCAUAAAGAAACAGUUGUGCCAAUGGAAGGAGCAAAUUUCAAUAAUGAAAAAGAUCAGAAAAUAGCCGAUAAUUCAGAAGAUACGUCUGAAUCGUCGAAGUAA